AUGGAUGCUGUCAAGCAAGGUGCCACCUACGUCUCCGAGACUGUCAAGCAGGCCACCAGCGGUGUCUCCAAGGAGACCAACAAGGAGGUGGCCAAGGAUUCCGACGCCAGCAUCGGCACUCGCGCCUCUGCCGCCAAGGAUGCCCUCGGCGACAAGGUGAACGAGCACAAGCAUGAAGGCAAGGCCGCGGCCCACAAGCAGCAGAUCUAA